GUAGAUCUAGCCCAGCGGUUGUCAUAUUUAAUUAUUCAUAUUUUGAUGGUGUUGUCAGUGUACCUCGGGAAAGCUAGAAGGAAUAACACUUUGGCUCCACGAAGUAAAUAGGUUCRUAGUUUUCUGAUCAGGGUGUCAAAGUUGGUAAAAAUCUUUUAUUUCGGGACGCUGAGGACAGUAWAUGGAAGUAUUUUGGCACCAGCAAACUUCUCAGAGCGUAUGGAUAGUAGUAUAUGAAGAGUUUUAACUGAUAUUGAACUGUUUGAAGAGAAUUUGUUUUUAUCCUGUUUCACCGGUUGGAUGUCAGAAUUAAGCAGCUGCUCUGAGGUUAGGUCACGUGAACCACUCCACUCCUCUCUGCUUUGCUUGAUUUACUCAUCAACUUUCUUUUUAAAUUCUCUUCCUUCUUCGACGCUCGGAAAGACUGRCCUGAAACGAUAAGCUACGUUACGUGGUCUCUAAGAUCAUUUCUUAUAAGUUGCUGACCAGCCUYCAUCUGUUUUUGGAUGAAUUGUUUACGAUACGAAACCUCGUCGGAUAUAAGACUCUGAUCUCUGUUGAUCAUUUGGGCACGGAGCGUCAUCGGAGCCAAGUUUCAGCGAGAAAGGAGGAAGCCGGUUUCGCGUCAUGGAAGCUGUACUCGUAUCUGGCGCCCAAGCGAUUCAGAAUGAAAAUUACGGACUUACAGAAGGAUACGAUGGGUCAUGGAGAUGUCGAAGGCCUUCAGAUACACGAGCUUUUCCUGGGUUUUCUCCAUCAAAGAGGUCAACAGCGGAAGCCGAGGAGAAAAGACGCGGCAGUCGGACCAUCGAGCAUGGACUUCGAAGCGCUCAUCCGACGAUAAUUUYAAUUUACAAAGAACGAAAAACUACCAAGAAAAAGGAAAAACGAGUCAAAAUAAACAUCAGUGGAAUGUCCUACGAAACUUUAGAAAGCACUUUGGCGCGCUUUCCAACGUCACUGUUAGGCAGUCCCGAAAAACGUGCGAGUUUUUUUGACACCAAAAAUAACGAGUACUUUUUCGAUCGCAAUCGAGUGGCUUUUGAUUCAAUAUUAUAUUUUUACCAAUCAAAUGGAAAGCUACUUUGGCCCGUUGACCUGGACAAGAAAACAUUCCUGGGAGAAAUAGAGUUUUUUGAGYUAACCGAAUUAAUUUCUGAGGAUUUCUUUAAGGAAUAUUGCUCUGAAUCAAUGGAGGAACCACCACCGAUGCCCAAAAAUCCCAUCUUGAAGGCAAUUUGGAAUUUUUUCGAGUACCCGUACUCUUCGAUAGCAGCUAAGAUCCUAGCCGUCUGGUCAGUCGGGGUAAUUCUGUUAUCUAUUGCGGUAUUUUGCAUCGAGACGUUACCGGAGCUUCGCAAAACUCGUAAGGACAAGAACUCCGCGCUCAACAAGAUUGAGAUCUUCUGCGUAGCGUGGUUCACGUUCGAGCUAGUGAUUCGCUUUAUUGCGGCGCCAAAAAAGCUGGACUUUAUUCGUUCGUUCCUCAAUAUCAUCGACUUUGUGGCUGUCCUCCCUUAUUACAUCAUUCUAGGAAUAGGGACWUCGUUUGGCUCGAAGAAGAACAACUCACUUAUUGCUUUUCUUCGGAUCCUUCGUCUAAUUCGCGUAUUUCGUAUCUUCAAACUCUCUCGCCAUUACCGUGGACUCAAGGUGCUGGGCCAGACUCUAAGAGCAAGCCUCCGAGAGCUUCUACUUCUGACGUUCUUUCUUCUAAUGGGAGUUAUAAUCUUUUCUAGCGCUGUGUUUUAUGURGAAAGCGAGCACUUCUCUAGUAUACCUGAGGCUUUCUGGUUUUCGGUAGUUACUAUGACAACGGUAGGUUACGGUGACAAGGCRCCGAUCUCUUCUUGGGGGAAAGUCAUUGGAUCGCUGUGUGCUAUUGCAGGUGUCUUGACACUAGCCUUGCCUGUCCCUGUCAUCGUAUCGAACUUUAGCUAUUUUUACAACCUGGAUAAGGAAAGGAGAGAACGAGAAGAAGAAGAAGAAGAAAAACUGCAACAACAGGUGCUCCUCGAGAAGGAUCUCAAACAAACGGAAAAAGCUUGAGGGAAAUUAAUGAAUUCAAAUUCUAACUUGAAUUAGUCUGCUUUUCAUUGCUUUAGUUUUCUAGUAAUAAAUUAAUUCGUUUUCAAACUUUUUUUUGGUUUUUCCCCAAUUUUGGUUUUUUGUCAUUUUUUUUCUUUUCUUUUUAUUUCUUUCGUGCCUAUAUGUACGGCUUUUUUUCCCUCUAUUUUUGAGAGAAUUUAACGUGGGAAGUUUUUAGUCCUGGUCAAUUGAGGUUUCAAAAUUCUGCCCGCGAGGCAAACAAGAACAAUCAUGGCGGCUGCCUUGAAUAAAUYCCCAUUGCAUUUUUAUAAUUCAUAAGGUUUGUUUUUCUUUUUCGCAGUCGUAUUGAAUAACAGACGAAUCCAGAUUAUUGGAAAGAACCAUUCGAGAAAACAKAUGGAACAAUUAGAUAAGAAAUAAUUAACUUUUUCAAUUUGUGCGGAAAAAGAUCAGUUUUUCAUGCAAUGGUUUUCUCGCGGUUUUGAUAAUUUGCAUAUUUAGAUUUUUAGGUAAACACAAUACAUGAAUUAAAAGAGACAUUGAUCUCGCCAUAUGAAUAGUUAUAAAUAAUUCACACUUAAUCUGUCAUAUUUUAGAUGGAUUUUUCAAAACACUUCUCAUUUUUAAUCGCAAAAACAUUUUAUGAAAUGAAAAUAUUCGUAACAACGGAUUUUAUAAUGUGCUAUAUUGUUGGUAUCCGGUUAAAACAAAAAAAUAUAAUACAGAUUGCUAUACGAGUGUUAUGGAUCCCACAAGAAGCAUGCAAGAUAGAAGAACUUUGGCUGUGCAUCUUGUAGAUGCAGAAGGACGGACAGACGGACAAAAAUGUAAACAGAAAUAAGGAAGCGAGGGUUAUAAUUUCAUGAUUUGGUUAACUAAAAAAAUUCCCAGUUCACUUUGAAGGCUUUGGAAUACGUGGGAGAAAACUUUGGAAUUUUCAAUUUUCUUUUCUUUUUUUUUUUUCUUCAAAAUUUGUGGUGUUCUCAAAAUUCAAAUUUUUUGAACGAAAAGGAAGUUUAGGCUGAGAAUAAGCAAGAGAAAAGUCAGUUUUGAUUCAUAUUCAUUCUCAUUGGAUAGGAAUCUUUGAAAAUAAAUUGCCUUUAACUGUGUUUGUUGCAUUAAUAUUUAUACCCAAGAUUAACAAGAUUGGUAUAGAAAAUCACACAAUCUCGAGUGGCAAUUUGGAAUUUGUAGGUACGAGUGAUGUUUUGAAAGUUUUCAAAAUUGGACAAGCCUUAGGCGAGUCCAAUUUGAGAACUUUCAAAACAUCACGAGUAUUUAUUAAUACUCCUCUAGUCCAAUCAUAAUCGAGAAAUUCAAAAUUCUCGACGUUUCGACAUCUCAAAUGUCAUUAUCAAGCACACUUGAAUGCUCCUGCUUGAAUGGAAUAUUUCCAUUUCCAUCCAAGUGUACUUGAAGAGGACAUCUGAUAAGCGUCGUACUAUUUUAUCACUGAUUUUGUCAGUUCAAUGUUUUCCGUAAUCUCUGCUUAUWAAAAUGUAUCGAGUACCGAAUAUGAUUUACGGGCUUCAAUACUAUACUAUUAAAGGCACUGUUUUCUUGUGG